UCCGUGCUGAACUGAUGUUAGUGUUUGGGGUGAAGGUCGUUUAUUCAUUUUGGUGGUGGAAUUGAGGCCCGCGCGGGAUGAGUUCUCCAUCAUCGGUGAUAUUGUGGGUGAAAGCAGAACCCUUCAACUAUGGGGCACUCCAGGUGGCACCACACCCUCGCCUUUCACCACACAAUGUCAAAAAGAUUGUGCCUUAUGCUAAGACCAAAGGGAAACUUGGAUUUCCACAACUGAGCUAUUCAGUGUGGAAGCACAUAGCUUGCAACAAACUGCAGCUAUCAGAAGACCUAGCAUGGAUGUAUUUUGAGGGUUAUUUACUACUGAGUGACAUGCCAUCAGGACAAAAGGUUGCUCUUUACAAUCAGUUAGCCAAGUGUAAAACAUCAGCAGAUCGUGACAAAUGGCGGGCACAGCUGACAGUGGACACCCUGAAAUUUGUGCUGUUACUGUACAUACAGCAACUUCACAAAAUCAACUUGCGGACAUCUAUGGUACUGAAUGAGGAAUGGCCAAGUAGAUCAAGAUCCCCAGAGCUAGAGGGCAGGUCAACACCAUCUUCAUCUAAGGCACUGGAUGAACACAGUCACCUGACCUUUGUGUUAAACCACCUGAAUGAAUUAAUGGAAUUACUUAUUGAGCCAGAUGCAUAUGGUACUGCAGGCAGUGAUGUGAAUCUCAGUAUGGAGGCAGUGGAGGCACUCAGUUUCAUCAUUGCAGGGUCUAUUGACAGAAGCAAGGCUGUGACACCAAUACAUGAACUGGCACUAACACCACAGGCUGUGAAAGCUAAGAGUGGAUUCUCAAAGAUCACUGGGACGUUUUCCUUUAGAAUGCUCCAGUCUUGGUUGCGGGCAACCUUAACAACCAAUCCCUUUGGUAUUGGGUCAUGUAUUGCCACUGGAAGGAGACUUUCAUGGCCAAUGGCAGCUGAGGACAAGGAAAGUAAAGGGGAAAACUUGGGCAAGAGAGGAAAGAUAGCCACAAAUGCCCACCUGGUCCCAAGGGAACAUAUCAUGGGCAACAAAGUUAUAAUUAUGUCUCAAGUCUGCAAGCAGACAAUCUCACGGAGUUCUGGUACUCUAGAGAUGGCUACAGUCAAAGUUCAUAGGUGUCAUUUUGCCUAUUUAUAUUUAUUGUCCCCUAUUAGGUCUGUGAGUAUUGAAAAGUGUCGUAACUCCACCAUCAUCCUGGGUGCUGUGGACACAGUGGUUCACGUCAAUGCUUGUGAACAGGUCACAGUCAUAGGAGCAUGCAGGCGCUUCAGUGUCAGUAACAGUACAUUGUGUACAUUCCACCUCCUGACCCCCACAAGACCCCUGAUAUUAGGGGGCAAUGACAGCCUAAUCUUGGCCCCCUACCAUACCCACUAUGCCAAGCUGGAAGACCACAUGGCUACAGUGGGCCUGCCAUCAGUACCUAAUGUCUGGGAUCAGCCUUUCUGCGUAGGUCCUGACCACCAUGAAGACCAUCCAGUCUGGGAACUCAUGCCACCUGCAGAUUUCUACACCUUCAACAUUCCAUUUGAAAUGCAAGGGAAUACCAAGGCAAUUCCAUAUGAAAUCCCCCCCAAGUACAAAAAAGCCAUCAGUCAGCGGGAGAAGCAGAUAGACCUGUGGCAGAAGACUGUGAAGGAAGCUGGGCUGAGUAAAGAGCAAAGGAAACAGUUCCAGCAGCUGGUAGAAACACACUUUCAGGACUGGCUGGUUGAGAGUGGCCAUAAACGAGAAGUGGAUGGUUUAGCAGCUCCUGCCGAUGCCAAGAAAAAAGGAACACCUUGAAAUAACUGAGAAUUUUAGUCCCCAAAAUAAUAUAACUAUUGCUUCUUAAAUGCCAAAAUGAAGAGAUGACAAUGUGUAAAGGAAAGUGAUUUACUUAAACGAAGUCCAAAUAUCCGACCCAUGAAAUUUGAUACAUUUAUUAUUUAUGUGCUUUAUAAAGCAAUGAUAUUCCAAAUGUAUUUGUAUCCUGUUGAUAAAGUUGCCAUGUUUAAAGACUUAUACACCCAAUUGUUUGCUAUUCGUGAAGUGCUUUGUGUAUCUGAAGCUUACUGCAAAGGAUUUCUUUCCAGUAGAAUGAUUUUACGUUGACAUUAAUCCAGCUUUGAAAUUUUUGCAUUUAAAAAUCUAUCUGACCAUUUAAUGUUUAAAUAUAUGAUGAAAUUUUGUUAAGGUAAAUGUCUUACUUGUAGUUUUAUUUCAUUUUGUUAUUUGGUUUGUCAAUGUGACUGUUCAGAAUUAGUAUAUUCUAUACAGAUAUUUUGAUUUAUAUAUAGUUUUUUUUUCUACACUAUGUCUUGUUGUACUAUUGUACAUAAACUAU